AUGGACCGUACCAGCCAGCGUCGCCCGUCACUAGAUAGUAUAUCUUCAGUCCUUACGCCUUCGCAGCCGAUAGACCCAGCCGUUCUCGAUGAUAUCCAUGCCGUCGCUGCGAAUUCCCCCACUUUGACCAGCUUUUCCCUUACUCCCUCUCGGAAGAAGAUUACCGUUCCCGAACAGACAGGUCUAAAUCGCAUAUAUAGCUUGGUUAAAGGAGUUGUCGGGAGCAGUAAGGAUGGCCCCGAUUCCCCCUCACGGAAGUCAAGGCAUGAAUAUGCCGGUAAGAACGACGAUGCUGCCAGUAUUCGGUCUGGUUAUUCGCAUAUCGAAGCUACUAGUGAUCUCCCACAGCUAGUAUCCCCGACCUUUGCUACGAAUCCGUCAAAACCGGCCGAGUUCAGUCCCAUGAGUCCUUUCCAGGAGCUUAUAUCGCCUAUAAAAGGUCCGACUCGUAAAACUGCUAUGGUUGAACGGGCGGCAACUAGGACGCCACAACCUGAGGAGCGGGGUCGUCCCGUUCGGGAGAAACUUUAUAGCGACCUUAGUCGGGCCAAUAGCACCAGGUCGCUAAAUUCGACGGGACAAAGAACACCGGCGUCUGCGAAUUUUCCUCGUAUUGGGACACCAUAUCAGACACAGGCUCCUUUUGAAAAUGCAGACUCUCCGGCUGAAUUUGGGGACGAGCAGGAUUACGGCUCUUUCGCAACGUCCUUAAACGAAGGGUCCGCCGUUUUGGUAGAUGCGCAAAAUCGACAGGGCCACUCUCGGAGAGAGAGCUUGAUGAGCGUAGCAUCCGGACAAUAUGAUCCACUAGGAAACAAAAGAGUCGACAUCGAUCUGGAUAAUGUUGAGGAACAAAAUGAUCCGGAUAACGAUAAGGCUAGUGAAAUAUCAACCGACGAUGAUGAUGAUGUUAUUGAGAUGGGAGGCUAUCUGGGGAAGGUCUCAGGAUUGGGGAAAGCGCUCAAUGAUAAGAAUCUAGAGCUAGCAGCACCCAAAGCUGAACCUGUGACGUCAAAUACUACAGUCUCUGCAAAAGAGGGACGUAGAACAUCUACAUCCACAUCUGCAAUACAAUCUCCAAUCGUUGCAAGCUUUUCACCAAGCGCAUCACGACAUCAAUACCGGGCGUCCAUGGAUAAAACGAUGGAAAUCCCCACCGAAGAUUUAUUAGACAGAGAUGUCAUCGCAGAACCUCUUCCUCACCAUCCUUCCCUAAAAUCACCACUACUCGCCGCGGAAGAGGUUCCACAAGAGGACAUUUACCUUGUCAAAGAUACCGACUCUCAGGUUAAACCAAGCGCUAGCAGUCUCCUCGCCGCGGCUAUCCUAGACACCGACGAGACUGUUAGAAUCCGGAAACCCAGGUUAAAAACUACCACCCAGCACGGCCUCCUUCAACGGGGGUCGUCUUCGUCGUCUGUCGCAACCGGAACAACUACAACUGGUAGGGGAGACCAAGGGACCGUUGAAAUGUCCCGAGCUGUCGGAAACGAUACCUUCCCGACAACCGUACAAGGAUCAUCCAAUCUUUUCCAGAACGAGGCCAAAGUCGGUGCGACCCUCAGGCAGCUUCGACAAGGGAAAGGUUUAUCUAGAGACUUUUGGAUGAAGGACGAGAACUGUAAGGAAUGCUUUAUUUGCCAAAGACCUUUCACCACAUUCAGGCGAAAGCACCAUUGCCGAACAUGUGGUCAAAUAUUUUGCUCGAAAUGCACUACCACUGUCGAAGGUGAUAAAUUCGGCCACAGUGGCGGUAUGAGGGUCUGCAUUAAUCCAUGCCUUCAGAUUCUCGAGAACUAUCAAGAUGACGAUAGUUCCGGCACUGAAGCCAACUACUCAUUCAAGCCCAGUCGCCGGGUUCCUUCGGGUAAUGCCCCAAAGACUCCAAAAGGCGGCCGUCCAAAGUCCGGGGUAUUCGAUCCACAAACCAACACUCCUAGGAAGAGGCCGAAUAGGAUUGGCACCAAGCAAGGAGCUGCCCUGGACUAUGACUCUGGAGCACUGACUCCGAGCCGUCCGAGCAGUGCACGAUCUAUGCGGAGACCUGUCAGUUCUUACAACCUUUUCCAGCAGGUCCAGGCUCCCGGAACACCCACCGGCCGGAGUCAACACUCAAAGUCGACGGCCAGAUGGUCUAUCUUUGGUCAAGUUCCGAGUCCUGAGUCUAACGCUUCAGAAGAUCAUCGAGCCCCCUUCCAAGGUCCAUCAAAUGAAAUACUCAAAAACUCAAUUGCGAAAGAUAGUAUCAUUGACCCCGAGCUCGCCCCAUACAUGAGCGACGAGGAUGCUGAUGGUGAGGAUGAACCGAUGGGAAUCUUUGCUACUAUCGCUCCGAAAUUCCAAAGCCCCCAGGAGGAUGACAUGAUGAAACAGAUUACCGCCAAUACAAAUGCAUUAUCAACCUUACCAACGGACAAUAACGGGACCCCUGGGGAAGUCAAGACUAUCAGGCCUCCGACUCGUCACAAGAAAACUGUGUCGAUAUCCGCUAUUCUACCGCCUUCUAGUUCUCGAUCACACGGUAUAUCCGCUCCAUUGCAAGCCCAGUUCCAAGGACACCGAAGACGUAAGUCCGGGUAUAGCAUGGGCCCACAGACUCCAGUCGUUUCACAAAAUUACCUUGCACUCCUUCAAAAAUCUAGUCACAAGUCUCUCCUCACUCCGGGGAGCAGGAAUUCCUUCGGUGCACUUCUAGGAAAUAUUCCAGUCGACUACGGGUUCCUUAAGCAAUUGAAACCAAAGGCCGAACUGAAUACACCUUCUACCCAGCAUGUUAAACGACUUCUCCAUCAGAUGCUCGCGGCCGCCAAGAUCGACAACGUUAAGGCUUGGGAAAAUGCGUUGUUGCCCGCCAUCUUCAAAUGCACGGAUGAAGUUAAAUCGGAUGUUCGAAAUGGGGAGUCUAUCGACUUGAGACACUUUUGCAAGAUCAAGAGGAUUCCAGGCGGAAAGCCGAGCGAUACUCACUACGUUAGCGGUGUUGUUUUUGCCAAAAACCUUGCCCUCAAAUCGAUGCGAAGGACCAUUUCGCACCCAAGGAUUGUAGUUGUUGCAUUCCCUGUCGAGUACCAUCGGCACCAGGCUCACUUUAUGAGUCUCGAGCCAGUUAUCGCUCAAGAAAAAGAUUAUUUGAGAGCAAUGGUUAACAGGAUCCUUUCUUUGAAACCGAGCAUCGUGCUUGUGGAGAGAGAUGUUAGUGGACUAGCUCUUGAGUAUCUUCGGGAACAAAACAUCGCUGUUGCCAUGCGAGUCAAACCAACAGUUAUCGAAGCAGUUGCUCGGUGCGCACAAGCAGAUAUCAUCAUGUCGGCAGAAGAAACCACCUUUAGAUCUCAUCGCGUCGGGAAGUGCCUGUCGUUUGACGUCAAGACCUAUGCGCAUAAGGAUAUCGCAACCGCUACCAAUCGAAGAACCUACAUGUAUUUCUCGGGGUGCAGGGCCGAUCUUGGGUGUACUAUUGUCCUCCGAGGUGCGAAUGCAUCGGUGCUAGCCAAGAUCAAGCGAAUCACAGAGUUCAUGGUUUACGCCGUUUACAAUAUGAAACUGGAGACCACCCUGUUAGAGGAAGAAGGGGCUAUCAUUCCGGACUCCGUUGUCGAAGGGUCUUUAGAACGAAGUGGAACCCUGAAGCCUGAUAAGUUGGCUGAAAGCCUGAGAUUGAAUGCAGAUACGGCAGCCUGCGCUGAUGUCACAGCUGAAGCAAGGGCUAACGGCAACGUUAUUGCUGCUCAGAUCUCAGAAGAGCCUGUUGCUAUAGCUGAUGAAAAGGCUAGCCUGAGGGAAAUCGAGGAACCCAAACAAGAGGAGCCCCAGUCCAAUGACAGCCCAGUCGAAAAUGAAAAACCGAAGGCAAUGACCCAAUCUGGUACCCUGAUUCCAGAGUCCACAGAGGAUUACCCAGAGGACCUCCCGGCCCCUAACUACUAUAGCGAGUAUGUCAAAGAACACGAGAACAAAAUUCUUUCGGUUUCACCAUUCAUCAAAUUCGCGCAACCGCAUCUUCUUAUGAGAGCUCGUGACUUUGAGCGGCGUCUAGAGUUCCUCAAACGACAAAUCAAGCAGCUUACCGGACCCGAACUGAAUGUAGAUGCAAACGGCGAGGUAAAUGAGCCAUUCGAAUUGAUCACCCCAGAGAUGUUGCAUGGACAAGUCGCUGGCAAAAGCCGCAAAAUGAACGAACUAGUCCGUGCCGUCCACGAAGCUGAAUAUGACAAAGUCUUGUUUAUCUACGAAACUCAAAAGAAGCAAUGGGAAAACUAUCUUGCGCAGAACGAGGAUUUGUUUGACCCGCUUGAGCAUCAGCGUAUUGUCAUGCUGUAUAGUAUGAUAAGUACGGACACCUCAAUCCCCUGCCGUGGGCCCGAGAACAUCCUAUUCGAGUAUUACAACGAUCAGGACGAUGAUGAAGAGGAAUAUACUCGAGACAGAGACUAUUUUCGAGAGGCAGACUGUACUCUCGGGCAAUACGUCCAUGACUUAAUCCACACGAGAGACUACCUCUGUGAUACAGGCUGUGGAAAGCCAAUGAUGGAACACCACCGGUCCUAUGUACAUGGAGAAGCCAGAAUCAGCGUUCAGGUUGAGGCAUACCCGACACCAGUUAAGCCCGACACACCCGAUGAUAUUCUAAUGUGGAGUAUCUGCAAGAUCUGUGUCGAUAAGACGCCGACGACACCAGUUCGCAUGAGCGAUUCAACAUGGCGCUACUCCCUUGGCAAGUUUUUCGAGACUGGUUUCUGGAGCGUUGGACUGAAAACGCAAAAGGAUGGGUGUAUUCAUGAUCUUCAUCGCGACCAUAUUCGUUAUUUCGGGAUGAAUGACCAUGCAGUCAAGAUUGACUGGGCUCCUAUCGCCCUAAUGGAGGUCACCGUGCCACGACCGAAAGUUACCUGGAAGCCAGAACUUGAUUUGAAGAUGAAGAAUGAGAUUUAUCUCAACAUGAACAGCAAGAUCAACAAAUACUGGGACUCUGUUACCCAACGACUGGAUAGCAUCAACGUAGAAGCCGCCGUCGCAACCGAGAACAUAGAGGCGUGCAAAGCCGAAAUUGAGGCUCUUUUAAUCAGGGCUGAGGAAGAACGAAGCUGGCUUGUGGCAAAGCUCCAAGAAAAAUACACCGAUUCGCGGUAUUACGAAGUCAUCCCUCUCAACCGAGCAAUGCGAGCACUUCAAGAGCGAGUCUCCGAUUGGGAUAACGUAUUUUCAGACUUCUACGAGAAAUUCUUCCCGUCCGAGAAAGAUAUCGCGAGGAUGGCUACUGCCCAGCUUCGGAAAUUGUUCUUGGAUAGGAGUUCGACCUCGAGUACCGUACAUACCGACACUGAAUCUACGACUACAGCGGAUAAGGAGUCUAUACAGUCCGUUAUUAUGGAUGAUGGGCCUGGAAGUUCUCCUACGAGUGUUCGGAGGCCAUCGCAGAUGAGUCCAGAAACUGCACAGGAGGUCUUGACGUCCGUAGUUGAUGAUAAUACUAAAGGACCUUCGGAAUCUUUGGUAGACUCUAGACAGAAUAGUGUUUCGGAGCAUAUUGGGAAUCAAGCGGAUUCUACGGAACUCAAGGCUGAAAGUGAAGCAGAAAGGCCGGCGGAGUCUGGACGAGAUGAUUCUAGCUUGCAUGGGACAUCGCCAGAACUGCCUUCUAGCCCAGAGAUGACGAGAGCGAAUUCACUGUCUGCUAGCGUCCAGACUAUCCCAUCCGUCACCGAUGAAUCUUCGCAUCCUGUUAGCCCUGCUAAUAGCAGCCCGGUCCUUGAACGCUCGAUGUCUAAAUCGGUCGAGAAUACGGAUUCGCCAGCUACAUCUUCAAUGAUAGGAUCUCUUGAAAAUAGUCAAAGGCUUGAAGAAUCUAAAGGGCAUGUGGAAGACAAAGAUACGAAACAAGAUAAAAGCCACAGCGACGACCAUUCUGCCAGCGAUCAUACCCCGACAGCCGCGUCCGCUAUACCCGUACCAGCCAAGCCUUUAAAUCAAAGACGAAAAGGACCAAACCCUCUCCCACCCCCCGGCCGCCAAAGCACAAUCUAUGGAUCCGGAAGAACAGGUACUAGCGGAUCUACAAUUUCAACAGCCUCGACUACCCGAGCGCUUGGGCUCACACAAUCUAUGCGUCCGACCGAUCUUCUUAGAAAGAAAAGCGAAAAGACGGGCAAGAAGUUACAGAAGCCGCCUCCCGAACCGAAGCCUGACCGCCAAAAAGCCGAGAAAAUCAAGAUAUCAGACCGUAUGAGGCAUGUCACGACGACUCUCGCUGGUAAAGGUCACGCAAAACAGCACCCACAAAUGCAAAUCCCUCGCUCCCACCCCGGAACAACUUUUGGCUCUGGACCUCGAGUUUCUAACCUUGCUAAGAGGUUCGAGGAGCUUAGUAGGGAGUUCCAACGUGAGAGAGAAAAUAAUGAGAGAAGAACGUUGGCCAACCGACGAUCAAGGGCUUUCCCUGUGGUUUCAAUGAAACCAAUGGUGGAGGUCUUUAAGGAUAUCGAACAAGCUGCCCAGGAGGUUUCGGAUGAUGAAAUUGAAGAUGCGCCAGUUCCUGAACCGCAGAGUGUACCUGUCCCUGAAGCAAACAAAUUUGCUGAAGCUAUGGACGCAACUGAGCAUACUCUUCCUAGUCCAGAGGCCCAAGCAAAGCAACAAGAAGAGGAAGAGAAGACCGAAGAAGAAGCCAAGGAGGAACUACCCGAAGAAAAGGCAUCUGAGGAAACCCCCGGUGAACCAUCCGGAGAACCUCGACCAAAAACCGCAGAGCACGAGGUUGAGGCGAGUGAUACAGAGAUGUCGCUGGUUAGUGAUAGUGAAUCAUCCAAGAUAUUGUCUGCCGUCGCCGAAGAAGCUCUCAAGGUCCCAGAGGUAUCCGACGAGAUUAAAGCAGAGGUUGAAGCUGGCUUGCAGCGAAGUGAGAGAUCUUCGUUGAUGAAACUUUUGACAAACUUUUGGUCUGAGCGAUCCUCCAGCGGAUGGAGUGCCUUGGAUUACCCGCUUAUGCCAUCCGAUCAUGUCUUUAGCGAUUCUGACGUUAUCGUUCGUGAAGAUGAGCCUAGUUCUUUGAUUGCAUUUACGUUGGGUAUGCCUAGUUACAACUCAAUGUUGGCACAAUUGAGAGCGGAUGCUAUGAAUAGUCUUGAAAGCUCCGUAGGGACCAUCAUUCACGAAGGAACGACACAUCAUCACCAUGAGCACCCCAACGAACUUGAUCAUGCCGUUCAAAGAUCUUUACUCCGGGAGACAGGAACCCAUCUUCGAUACCACUUCCCCAGAGGUAAUGCGAGGAUGUACUGCAAGGUCUUCUUCGCCGAGCAAUUUGAUGCACUUCGCCGGAACUGCGGUGUCGCCGAUCGGUUUAUUGAAUCGUUGUCAAGGUGUAUCAAAUGGGAUUCGAAGGGUGGCAAGACGAAGUCAGUUUUCUUGAAGACUUUGGACGACCGUAUCAUUCUCAAGCAAUUAUCACCGAUUGAGACGGCCGCUUUCCUAAAGUUUGCGCCCUCCUACUUCCAUAUUAUGUCCGAGGCAUUGUUCCAUGAGCUCCCAACGGCUAUAGCGAAGAUGUUGGGGUUCUUUACAAUUUAUAUCAAGAAUCCAAAUACAGGGACGGAGUUUAGAUGGGAUUUGUUAGUGAUGGAGAAUUUGUUUUAUGACCGGAAGAUGUCGAGGACAUUCGAUCUCAAAGGCUCUAUGAGGAACCGAUACGUUCAGGAAACAGGCGAGCAGAACGAGGUGCUCCUCGACGAAAACAUGGUUGACUACGUCUGGAAGAACCCACUUUUCGUCCGAGAGCACUCCAAGAAAUUAUUACGUGCUAGCUUGUGGAAUGACACGCUAUUCUUGGAACGUAACCAAGUUAUGGACUACUCAUUAAUGGUGGGGAUUGAUGACCAGAGAAAGGAACUCGUGAUUGGGCUUAUCGACUGUGUCAGAACAUACACGUUUGACAAGAAAAUUGAGAAUUAUAUCAAGUCGACGGGUAUCGCUGGAGGGAGGAAUAAGCCCACUAUUACGAGUCCUAAGGAGUACAAGCGAAGGUUUAGAGAAGCGAUGGAGCGGUAUGUGUUAGAGGCGCCGAACUGUUGGAGACAACCAAGAGUCACUUGGUUGAAUCCUGUCGGUAUUCCGUUUGCUGCGAAGAAACAGCUCGAGGAGGCGCAGAAGAGGGAACAGGAGAUGGCUGCUGGAGCGGCUUAG